AUGGGGUUUGCAAAGGUAACCAUCCUUCUCCUAGCGAUGAUCGGCGUUUCGUGCGCCGUCGACAUGUCGAUCAUCUCGUACGACGAGAAACACCACAUCUCCGCCGUCGACGGCCGUAGCGACGCCGAGGUUGCGAAAAUCUACGACGAGUGGUUGGUGAAACACGGAAAGAAGACGCAGAACGGUCUUCUCGGCGAGGCUGAUCAGAGAUUCGAGAUCUUCAAAGAUAAUCUCCGUUUCGUCGACGAACACAAUACCAAAAACCUCAGUUACAAACUCGGUUUAACCCGGUUCGCUGAUUUAACCAACGACGAGUACCGAUCCAUGUACCUCGGUGCUAAACCGAGCAAGAGAGUCCUCAAGACCAGCGAUCGUUAUCUGCCGCGUAUUGGUGACGCGCUCCCUGAUUCCGUUGACUGGAGAAAAGAAGGUGCCGUCGCCGACGUUAAAGAUCAGGGAAGCUGCGGGAGUUGUUGGGCGUUUUCAACUAUUGGAGCCGUGGAAGGAAUAAACAAGAUUGUGACAGGAGACUUAAUCUCUCUGUCUGAACAAGAACUAGUCGAUUGUGACACAUCUUAUAACCAAGGUUGUAAUGGAGGUUUGAUGGACUAUGCGUUUGACUUUAUCAUCAAAAAUGGUGGUAUUGAUACCGAAUUGGAUUAUCCAUACAAAGCUGCUGAUGGUCGUUGUGAUCAGAACAGGAAAAACGCAAAGGUUGUCACCAUUGAUUCAUACGAGGAUGUGCCUGAGAACAACGAGGCUGCGCUUAAGAAAGCUUUAGCUCAUCAGCCCAUUAGUGUCGCCAUUGAAGCUGGUGGUCGCGCUUUCCAGCUCUAUUCUUCGGGUGUAUUUGAUGGACUCUGUGGGACAGACCUAGACCACGGAGUCGUAGCAGUCGGUUACGGAACGGAGAACGGUAAAGACUACUGGAUCGUGAGGAACUCAUGGGGAUCAAGCUGGGGAGAGAGCGGAUACAUAAAGAUGGAACGUAACAUCGCAGAGCCAACAGGGAAGUGUGGUAUCGCGGUCGAGGCCUCGUACCCGGUCAAGAAAGGCCAGAACCCGCCAAACCCUGGCCCGUCGCCUCCAUCUCCCAUCAAGCCACCGACUCAGUGUGACAAAUACUACUCCUGCCCUGAGAGCAACACUUGCUGUUGCCUCUUCAAGUACGGCAAGUACUGCUUCGGCUGGGGAUGUUGCCCGCUCGAAGCCGCUACUUGCUGCGACGAUAACUCUAGCUGCUGUCCUCAUGAUUACCCGGUUUGCGACACUCAAGGCGGAACAUGCUUGAUGAGCAAGAACAGUCCAUUCAGCGUUAAGGCUUUCAAGCGUACCCCAGCGAAACCGUUCUGGGCAAAGAGCAGAAAGAGCAUUGCUUAA